AUGUCGGCCAUUGGCUCCCUUAUUUUUUGCACAGACUGCGGCAACUUGCUGCAAGAAAGCACUGGAUCCCCCGAUGCCAUACUGGUGUGCGAAGCUUGCGGCGCACGAAAUAAAGAUACUCUCUCUCAGACUAUCCUCUCCGAAUCCAAGCCGAAUGCCUUUCCCUCUGCUCUGAGAGCAAAAAGGUCUGCCCUGCAGACGCUGACCGCCGAGGACAGAAGUACAGAGGUCCUUACACAGAAAGUCUGCGACAAGUGUGGUCGAAAGGAAAUGUUCUUCACCACUGCCCAGCUGCGAAGUGCUGAUGAAGGCUCUACGGUAUUCUAUCGAUGCGUGUGUGGCUACAGGGAGACUGUCAACAACUAA